CCUGGGAUCCAAGCUCCAAGCUGAGGGACUGGAACUCAACUGGGCCCAAAUUAUACCCGACCCGAUAUUCUUUUCUUCGCUCGUCUUCUCGGGAAAGAAAGAGCAAGAAAAUUUUUACGACGAAGUCGAAUUUCUGUUAAUCCCAUUCAGGGCUGAUUGCUCCUGCUGUGUUCUUCAUACCCUAAUUUUCGAAUCAAGGCCCAAGAAUUUGCGACGACAUCAGUAGGUUUGGAUGGAGGAGCAGAUAGGUCCUCUAGGUGGAGAUGGCGGCGAUUCGUCGAGGACUUCUUCCUCCUUCGUGAAAAAGGGAGACCGCCAAAUGUUCACGGUGGAGCUCCGGCCCGCAGAGACUACGAUAGUCUCGUGGAAGAAGCUUAUGAAAGACUCCAACAGGGUUAAUGGAUCCACUUUGGCUCCCGAACAUCUAACCUCUGCACACCCCGCCCUGGAGUCCAGAAUCGCUCCCGGACAACCUACUGAAAAUGAAGCAAAUGAUGGCGCCUUUCCACAUCGGUUCAGUGCUGUAAUAGAGAAGAUUGAACGCCUUUAUAUGGGCAAGGAUAGCAGUGAUGAGGACGAUCUACUUGACGUUCCAGACGAUGAUCAAUAUGAUACAGAAGACUCUUUCAUUGAUGAUGCUGAGCUGGAUGAAUAUUUUGAAGUUGAUAAUUCCGCAAUCAAACAUGAUGGUUUCUUUGUGAACCGGGGAAAGUUGGAACGCAUAAAUGAGCCUCUGGUCUUACCAAACCAGCAACCAAAGAAGAGGCGGAGGAAAGAUAUAUUAAAGAAUGCCGGUGAAAGUUAUGAUGGUCAAGAAUCAAAUAAACAUGAAAAAGUGGGAAAGACUGCAGCUGGAAAGGCAGCAUCAAUACCAGUGAAAAAGACGCUGAAUUCCACACAGAACUUGCCUGUAUCUAUUGAACAUUAUGAUGACUUUAAAUUUCAGAGUCAAUUGGUAUCCAGUUCAAAAAAGAAUAUGUCUGAUACUAAAUCAGUAUCAGAUCCUGCUGUCUCUGUGAAUGUAUCAAAUGAUGAUACCCCUCCAGUAGUGGUAGAAGCAAAAGAUAUUGAUAAGCAGAAUUUAGGAAAUCUUCAAUGCAGGAAUGCAAAUGACAAAUACAAAGAUGCCAGUGGAUCAUUUGGUGCAUAUCAAAAGAAAUACCAUGAAAAAAGUUCCUAUGCACAUUCCAAAUCCCAACCUGGAAGACCUACCAGCGGUAUUGAUGGUGUGGAGAACAGAGUUCAGUCAAAAGAAAAACAUGGCAUCUUUGAACUGCCAGAUCUUAACUUGUCUGAGGCAAGAACUACCAUGCAAGCAACAAAAUUGCCAUACACGCACAAGAAAGAAGGUACUAGUGUUAGGCCAAAAACUUCAAUGCUUGAAAAGGCUAUUAGAGAGUUGGAGAAGAUAGUUGCAGAGUCAAGGCCACCUGCAAUGGAAAACCAAGAGGCUGAUACUACGUCCCAAGCAGUCAAAAGAAGACUGCCUAGAGAGAUAAAGCUAAAGCUUUCUAAAGUUGCUAGAUUAGCGCAGGCAAGCCAUGGGAAAGUAUCAAAAGAGUUAAUUAAUCGUCUUAUGAGUAUUCUGGGGCACUUGAUUCAACUCAGAACACUGAAGAGACACCUAAAAAUCAUGAUCACUAUGGGUUUGUCAGCAAAGCAGGAGAAAGAUGCUAGGUUUCAAAGCAUAAAGAAGGAGGUUGUUGACAUGAUUAAGAUGCAGGCUCCAUCUCUGGAACCCAAGCAGCAGCAACAAGCCUCAGCUUCUGGUGACUUUCAAGAAUUUGUUCCUGAUGGAAAAGCAUCGGAGAAAAGAAUGGAUACUGCAUUGGAGGACAAGCUUUGUGAUCUCUAUGACCUUUUUGUUGAUGGAUUGGACGAUGAUGCAGGCCCACAGAUCCGAAAGUUGUAUGCUGAGCUUGCGGAAUUAUGGCCAAAUGGUUACAUGGACAACCGUGGAAUUAAAAAGGCAAUCUGCAGGGCAAAGGAGAGGCGCAAAGCACUGUAUAUGAGACGGAAGGAUCACGAAAAAGUUAAGAGCAGUAAAAGGGUGUUACCAUCUCAGCAAGAGGCUGGUCGAUAUGAUCCUAGUUCAGUUGCUUCACAACAGAACGUGCGGGAGAGAUUAACACCAGAAUCUAGCAUUCAUGCAUUUGCUUCGGUGAGCAAGCCAGUUUCUAAUACAAUUAAUACGGUUGGGGGCUCCAGUCCGUUGGUGAAUGGUCCAAAACAGGAGAAAGUGAAGGGAACUUCAAUCAAUCUGGAAGAUGUUAGGGUUGCAGAUGGAGUUUUGACAAAGAAGGUGAAGAGGAAACCCGAGUCGGAGUUUGAAGGAACCGAUUAUCGUCCAGAGAAGCUUGCUUCUGCGCAGGGAGAAGAGAGGUCCAAGUCUUCAAAGCAGUCUGCAAGUCUUUCCCACAAGUCUAAUAUUCAGUCAACGUCACUUCCCGGUCUUGAACAGUCGAGUUAACAUGGCAUCAAUAUCGGCAACGUAGAUUUAUCUCGGUUCCAUUUGUUUUUAGUCAUAUUUUUUUCACCCAUGAUCCCCCAUCCUAAAAUCUAAUUGCCAUUUUUGUAAUUAAAAUGUUCUUGGAAGGCCUUUAGAAAUACAAGAUUUGUUGGUAAUAUAAAAGCAGUAAGUUGCGUUAUCGCCUCACACCGCUCUGCCAUACGAAGCUGUGCCACAGUGCGCGCGCGCUGCUAUUAAGACGCAGUUUGUAGGAUAUUUUCGCGAACUGCAUGUUUGCAAAACAGGAGAUAGGAAUAGGAUGCUCAUAUUUCAGGAUUAAAUAUUUGUUGUUCUCGCAGAUGUGAACAGAUAUUGAGUCCUUUUGCCAAACAGGAAAUCAACAGCCUCUAUUGCCCCGAGGGAUAAAAUUUAUUUUAUUAUAUGUACAGGUUUACUUUUCACUUUACAGUGACGCGGUAAAUGAUUUUAAGAAAAAUAAUGAAUUCUUUUGUU